AUGUCUUACAAUAACGGAGGUUACAGAGGUGGCUCAGGUGGAGCAGGUGGCUACGGUGGAAGAGGAGGUGGCGGCUACGGUGGCGGCUACGGUGGCGGCUACGGUGGUGGAAGAGGUGGCGGAUAUGGUGGUGGAAGAGGUGGAAGAUUCAAUGAUGCUCCAAGACAAGAAUUGAGUGUUCCAGAAUGGAACCUUGAAGACUUGCCUAGAUUUGAAAAGAACUUUUACACUGAACAUCCAGAUGUUGCUGCCAGAUCAGAUGCUGAUAUUCAAGCAUUUAGAAACGAAAAUGAAAUGAGUGUACAAGGACAUGAUAUUCCACAUCCAAUUACUACUUUUGAUGAAGCAGGAUUUCCUGAUUAUGUUUUGAAUGAAUUGAAAGCACAAGGAUUCCCAAAGCCAACUGCUAUUCAAUGUCAAGGUUGGCCAAUGGCUUUGAGUGGUAGAGAUAUGGUUGGUAUAGCUGCUACUGGUUCAGGUAAGACCUUGUCAUAUUGUUUACCUGGUAUUGUUCAUAUCAAUGCCCAACCAUUGUUGAAACCAGGUGAUGGUCCAAUUGUGUUGGUGUUGGCUCCAACAAGAGAGUUGGCCUGUCAAAUCCAAACUGAGUGUAGCAAGUUUGGUUCAUCGUCGAGAAUCAGAAACACUUGUGUUUAUGGUGGUGCUCCGAAAGGUCCACAAAUCAGAGAUUUGGCCAAGGGUGUUGAAAUCUGUAUUGCCACUCCAGGUAGGUUGAUUGAUAUGUUGGAAGCUGGCAAGACAAACUUGAGGAGAGUCACCUAUUUGGUUUUGGAUGAAGCUGAUAGGAUGUUGGAUAUGGGUUUCGAGCCACAAAUUAGAAAGAUUGUUGAUCAAAUCAGACCAGACCGUCAAACAUUGAUGUGGUCUGCCACUUGGCCAAAGGAAGUUCAAGCUUUGGCUAGAGAUUACUUGAAUGAUCCAAUUCAAGUCACUAUUGGUUCAUUGGAAUUGGCUGCUUCUCACACAAUCACACAAAUUGUUCAAGUUGUUACUGAGUAUCAAAAGAGAGACAUGCUUGUUAAGUAUUUGGAAAGUGCUUUGGGUGACACCAAUUCAAAGGUAUUGGUGUUUGCCAGUACCAAGAGGACAUGUGACGAUGUCACUAGUUACUUGAGAGCAGAUGGAUGGCCUGCGUUAGCCAUUCAUGGUGACAAGGAACAACACGAAAGAGACUGGGUCUUGAAGGAGUUUAGACAAGGAACUCACUCUAUUAUGGUUGCAACUGAUGUUGCUGCCAGAGGUAUUGAUGUCAAGGGAAUCACACACGUUAUCAAUUACGAUAUGCCAGGUAACAUUGAAGAUUAUGUCCACAGAAUCGGUAGAACUGGUAGAGGUGGUGCUACAGGUACUGCUAUUUCAUUUUUCACCGACAACAACAAGAAAUUGGGUGGAGAUUUGUGCAAAAUUAUGAGAGAAGCACAUCAAACUAUUCCUCCUGAGUUGCAACAAUAUGAUAGAAGAAGUUAUGGAAGUCAUAUUAGGUACGGUGCUGGAAGAGGAGGCCGUGGUGGACGUGGUGGACGUGGUGGAUUUCGCGGUGGCAGAGGUGGAUUUGGUGGUGGUAGAGGUGGCGCCAGAAGUUACUCUUCGGGAUCAAACACUGCUCCAUUGGGUAACCGUCGCUUUUAA